AUCCAAAAAUACAAAUCCAUUUAUACCACUUUUCAAUGGCUGUAAUGCUGCCCUGAACUCCUCUCAGUCCUGACACCAUAUUUGCAUCCUUUUUACCCACUUACUUGCCCACACACAAAAGGCCUCCACUUCAUUUUGGUUUUGAGAACCACACGAAGCCCACCAUUCUCUUUUGCAGUUAAUACAGCUCAGACAGCAUCUGCGGUUCCAGAUCAGAAUAGACCAUCUCUCCGGGUAGGGAAUAUUCACCGAGGUCUUGAGGGUUGAACUCUACGUUAACAAACAAAUAAUCUUGUGGAUCAAUAGGAACAUAUCUGUUCAGUAAUGGCCACCGGAGGACUGGAUUAUGAAUCUUUGAAUGAAAAUGUGAAGAAGGUUCAAUAUGCUGUGCGUGGUGAGUUGUACCUUCGAGCAUCUGAACUGCAGAAGGAAGGGAAGAAGAUCAUUUUCACCAACGUUGGCAACCCCCAUGCCCUUGGCCAGAAGCCUCUAACUUUCCCUCGCCAGGUAGUUGCGCUUUGCCAGGCUCCAUUUUUACUGGAUGAUCCUAAUGUGGGACUAGUUUUCCCUGCUGAUGCAAUUGCAAGAGCUAAACAUUAUCUUUCAUUGACCAGUGGAGGCCUAGGUGCCUACAGUGACUCAAGAGGACUUCCUGGAAUUAGGAAAGAAGUUGCAGAUUUUAUAGAAAGGCGUGAUGGACACCCAAGUGAUCCUGAGCUCAUAUUCCUCACGGAUGGAGCCAGCAAAGGAGUCAUGCAGAUGUUAAACACUAUUAUCCGAGGUCCACAUGAUGGGAUUUUGGUUCCAGUUCCACAGUAUCCACUCUAUUCUGCUGCAAUAAGCCUAUUCGGUGGUUCUCUUGUUCCCUAUUAUUUGGAAGAGACGGAAAACUGGGGCCUCGAUAUAACCAACCUUCGAGAGUCAGUGGCAAGUGCUCGUUCUAAGGGAGUAACUGUACGAGCUAUGGUGAUUAUAAACCCUGGAAACCCAACCGGGCAGUGUAUCAGUGAGGCAAAUCUGAAAGAAAUCUUACACUUCUGUCAUAAAGAAAAAUUAGUCUUGCUUGGAGACGAAGUCUAUCAACAGAACAUAUACCAGGACGAGCGUCCCUUUAUAAGUGCAAGAAAGGUUCUAUUGGACAUGGGAGGUCGAAUUAGCAAGGAGUUGCAGCUCGUUUCAUUUCACACAGUGUCGAAGGGAUACUGGGGUGAAUGUGGACAGCGUGGUGGAUACUUUGAGAUGACUAACAUCCCACCACAGAGUGUGGAUGAAAUAUACAAGGUGGCAUCGAUAUCACUCAGUCCAAAUGUCCCUGGACAGAUAUUUAUGGGACUGAUGAUGAACCCACCCAAACCUGGAGAUAUUUCAUAUGAUCAGUUUAUAAGGGAAAGCAAAGGUAUACUCGAGUCACUAAGGAAGAGAGCACACAUAAUGACUGAUGGUUUCAACAGCUGCAAGAAUGUGGUUUGCAAUUUCACAGAAGGAGCUAUGUAUUCUUUCCCACAAAUUCGCUUGCCACCUAAAGCAAUAGAAGCUGCAAAAAAGGCUGGAAAAGUUCCAGAUGUUUUCUACUGUCUCAGGCUGUUGGAAGCCACUGGCAUCUCCACUGUCCCCGGUUCAGGAUUCGGUCAAAAAGAAGGGGUGUUUCAUCUUAGGACAACCAUCUUACCUGCUGAAGAAGACAUGCCAGCUAUCAUGGACAGUUACAAAAAGUUCAACGACGAGUUCAUGGCUCAGUAUGAAGACAACAGAGGUUAUUCAAGGAUGUAAAGGCGUCGUAAUCUUGGAUGGUCUUGUUGUGGUCGAGUUACUUGUGUAAUUUUAAUUUCCUUUACUACUACUACUCUUGCUUGAAACUAUUUCAUCAAUUAAAACAAUACCCUACAUUCUAAUUAAUAUAUCAAUUACCUUCUAUAAUUGAUCUCUUACUAUUUC